UUCUUGAGUAAUCGCGAUGGAGGAUUUCUUCACUAUUUUCUCCCCGACUAAUCCAGUCUUCAGGACUUAUGCAUUUUGGUCAACAGUGUUAAUGGUUAAGAUGCUGUUUCUUGGCAUUGGGACUGGCUUUCAACGAAAGCUUGCGAUCUUUAGCAAAAAAGAAGCCGUAAAAUCACAAACGAAAGCCGUUUCUAAUGUUAAUGAAGAUAUUGAGAGGAUGAGAAGAGCUCACAUGAAUGAUAUGGAAAACAUCCUGAUCUUCCUUCCACUCUGCUUUGCCUACAUUUUAACAAAUCCAUUCCCGUGGCUGGCAAUGACGCUGAUAAAAGCAUUUGCUAUCACAAGAAUUCUUCAUACACUCGUGUACGCUUUUGCACCGGUGCCCCAACCAACGAGGUUUAUUUUAUUUUUAGUCGGUGUAUUUGUAAACGCAUAUAUGGGAUUUUCUAUCGUGAAAGCAUUCUUUUAGAGGAUCAAAAAUGAAUUCACACGCAGUAUUUCAUAUUAAGUCUUGUUGUACUAAAAUGU